AUGGUCCCAGAUGCGGCAACUAAUAAGACUAUCCAAGUGGUCGCAAGAGGCCAAGAAAUUAUGGUGAAAAUGCAAGAGGAUAUGAACCAACAUGCCAAUGUUGCCAAUCCUCUCAUCCUUCCAGUGGUCGAGACUCCGAGUCCGCCUCCUCAAGUUGACCCUCUAGUUAACAUAACCGCACCCGGUGGUGUUUCACACGUCAAUCUUAGUCCUCAUGUUGUUGAAAUAGUCAAUCAACAUGAUGCUUUCUUUAGCCCAAGGGCUGCCUCUCAGUAUGAUGCUUUCGGUCCGACGACCAAUGAGGUGGAGAAGAAGGUAAAGGCUAUUGAGGAGAAGCUUAAAGAAAUGGAGAGCACCAAUGUUUUGGGUCUUGAGGAAAUAGAAAUGUGUCUAGUUCCUAGGGCCGUCGUUCCGACCAAGUUCAAAGUCCCAUACUUUGAAAAAAAUAAGGGAAAUAGUGACCCUAGGACUCACAUUAGGGCAUACUGCCGAAAGAUGGUUGCUUAUUCCAGUGAUGAUCGACUAUUAAUGCAUAUUUUCCAAGAUUCCCUCAGUGGGGCAUCUUUGGAUUGGUAUAUGCAACUCGAGGGCCGCCAUAUUCGCACAUGA